UUUGUUUUGGAAACAUGAUUUAAAAUCGCUGUUUUUUGUUUAUUGUAGUUGCGUUUAUUAGUUUGUAUUCAUUGUUUUAAUUGUAUAAUUUCUUGGCAACUAAAAUUAUUAUUAUUGUGGAUAUGAGUGGAUUUAUUUCAAAUCGUGGUGCCUCUUUUGCUGCCAAAUAUAAAGGAAUUUGCUAACAAGCCUGUUGAAAAGGAAAUUGUUAAAAAUAAAGUUGAAAUUGAAACUGUUUCGAAAAUACUGAAGGUUGAUGACGCGCCUGUUAUCGAAACCAAAGAACAAUCGUUUUAGAUGAAUCAGACGAGUCUCUUAUCAGUCUUGAAGAUUCAGUUGAAAGCUCGGAAGAGGAGGAAGAAAUACAAGAAACAUUGACAGAGCUGCUCAAUGUUAAACUCAAAUUUGAUGGAAAAAUCCAUAGGUUCAUGGUUGAAUAUGACAGCCCACUCUGGAAAAAUCUUGACGAAUUCUAUAAAACUCUAAAUGUUUCAAAGAAAUCACAUGAACUGGUCAUAACUCUCAACGAUAAAGUUUUAUCAAUGAAAGAUUCACCCAAAAAAUUGAAUUUAACAAUCGUGGAUAUUUUAGAAUGUUAUGCCAAAGAAAGAUCAGAUGGUCCAGAAGAUGCAAGGAGGAAAAAGCAUAAAGAACCAAAAGAUCCUAACGUUUUAGAAAUCAAAUUCCGUAAUAAUGAAGAUGGUAAACAUGCCGUGCCUGUAACUCUUAGAAUCAACAAGACUAGCAGUAUGAGUUUAAUCAUGGAAGAAUACGCUAAAACCAAAGGAUACAGUAUUAGUGAUUUAAUUUUUGACUUCGAUGGAGACCGACUGAGCGGAAAGGAAACCCCAUUCGAAUUAGAAAUAGAAGAUGGUUCCUUGAUUGAUGUUAUUGUUAAAAAACCAAAAUAACUGUUGAUCCACUUGAAUUCUGUGGAAAAAUUCAGAUCAUGAUAUUAACCCGAUGUUAUUCUUUUUGUUAUGAUAUAAUUUCAUAUCUUGUGUACACCAAUUAAAUUUUUGUAAUACUCUCUUUUACCAGUUAUAUACACUGUAGUGAUAUUUGCAUCUCUUUUUCUGCAAUUCACCCAUGAUCAAGCCUUUACACACAUUUCGCCGAUACCAUUGUAGAGUUACAGGAUUUCUUGACGUAUCGAUCAAAAAUCAAUUAUAUUCAAUUUUGAAUUUGUGAUUAUUUUACAAUAAAGAGUCGAUUAUAAACAGCAAAA